AUGUCUGCCGAACCAGUGGACCCGUCCUGCCUCUUCCAAUCGGCUAACGAACGCCCUGAACCAAUCAGUGCUGAGGUAAGAGGUACCAUUCCCACCUGGCUAACGGGAGCUUUGGUUCGGGUUGGACCUGGCAGAUUUGAGUGCGGUGAUACCCCGCUAAAUCACUGGUUUGAUGGCCAAGGACUUCUCCAUCGCUUUCACAUAGAAGCCGGUCAAGUGACAUACAGCAGCAAGUUUGUGCGAAGCGACAGUUAUGCCGAUUCCCUAGAACACGGAAUCUCGUGUCAUCUAGAGUUUGGAACGUUUGUUCCUCCAGACCCGUGCCAAAACAUCUUUACUCGCUUCUUCUCGCGGUUUUGGGGAGAAGAAGUUGCUCAUGAUAAUACCCUUGUCAACGUGUUUAUGAUGAAAGAAAAAAUGUAUGCAACGAGCGAAAGCAACUUUAUUUAUGAGAUCGAUCCUAUUACCCUGAACACCUUGAAGAGAGUGGACAUCGCAGACCUUCCAGGUAUUGACUAUCUCCGGUUUGCUAUAAGUGAUUUUUUGUUAAAGGCGCUAGCUACACCGUUGGUUUUGUCCUGUUACAGUGUGUUGUAAAAAAUGUUACUCAUGCAUACCUUGUUAGACUUGUUAUUUUCUUGAUAUCUUUUUUGCUUCUUCAACCUUUGGCCAUUUCCCAAAGGUAAAAGCUUAAUUAAUACAGGUCUGAGCGUCUUUUGGAUCUUCACGCUUAAGAAUUGUUGAAAGGCUGCUUCAAUUUUGAUUUGCUUUGAGAAGACUGUUUUCGAUUUUUAGGAUUGUGAAAACAAAAUCUGUGGUGACUGUAGCGACAUAUUUUGUUGAACAUUAUAUUUAGACAAAUGGUCGUUUUAUCUCAAAGGGGGUUUGUCCCGCUAUUUGCUAUCUUUUCAAAAACUAAACGUUUUUCGCGCGACUAGAACUCCAAAAAAUAAUGGUCUAGUUAGUUGAAACUGUUUCCUGCCUUCUGUGUUGCUAGGGAUCAUGGCAAGGAUUGACAUGGACUGAAACUUGAUAAAGUUGUGCCGAGUUAUUCAUCUUUUAAAUGCUAUGCCUACAAAAACUAUCAAAAAGAUAUUCAUGGUUAUUUGUUCUUUGUGAUGAAAUUGUUUGAAAUCUUCUUCAUAACAUUUCGGAAGCAUUCUUUGUAAGGGUAAAAACACUGAAAGAUGACUUCAGCAAAGAAUUGAUUUAAAUCAUCAAUAUCUUGGUGACACAGCCGGCCUUUAAAUAAAAUGUUUUUGUUCCUCCUACAGGUGAUGCUACGAUAAAUUCAGCAAAAGCUCAUCCACAAGUGACCCAGGAUGGUUCAGUGAUCAACAUCUCCGUGACGUAUGGCAGAAACUCAGCUUACAAAAUCAUCCAGAUACCACCUUCCUCGGGGAAUGCGGGCGAGGAGCCUCUAGAGGGUGGAAAAGUGCUUUGCUCAAUCCCGCCCAAAAGUGGUUUAGGGUACUUUCAUAGCUUCUGCCUCACAGAUAAUUAUAUUGUUCUCACCGAACAACCCCUUAUGAUCGACAUAUGGAAAGUUCUCGGGCAUCGAUUUUCUGCUUCUAGUUUUGAACAAUGGCUUUAUUGGGAUGCAAACCAGCUGGUCAGAUUUCACAUUAUCGACAGGAAAGAUGGCAACCGUGUCGGUGUCUUCACAGCCGAACCAUUCUUCGUGUUCCACCACAUCAACGCAUUUGAAAGAGAUGAUAAAAUUUUUCUUGAUGCCUGCUGUUACUAUGACAACUCGAUUAUAAAACAGUUGUACCUUCAUAACUUGCGAUCCCCCGCAGAACCAGGCCAUAAAAAAUUAGACGUCCCAGAUAUACGCCGUUAUGAGAUUCCUUUGGGAGAUCUUGGAGAUGUUAGUGCAGAGAAAGCCCUACGCAAGGGAGUAGACGGGUUAGAUUAUUCUUUGCUGUAUGCAGGACUUGAGUUGCCGAGAAUAAAUUACGAAGAGUACAACGGUAAACCAUACAGGUGGGUGGAAGAUUCUCGGUUUUAUUCGGUAGAAAAAAAAAAGAUAAAUAAAAAACCGGCCACACCCUUUUCAGCAUACCUAAGAGUGUUGACACGUGAACUGUCUUCGAAUGAUAAUCGUGGCGAUGUUUAUGCAGCGUUCAUACCUUAGUAUAGUGCUUAAACUUCAAGAUGGAUUAGAAAGUGGUCUCCAUGUUUUCGCGCAAUUAAAAAGUAAAGUAUUUUUUAAUGAUCUACCUUUACUAUUACCAAACUGAAACAUGAUUGUUUUCUUUCAUACCGUCAGGUUUGUGUAUGGCAUGGGAAUAUUCGGAAAUGCGCUAUUUGAAAAGCUCAUAAAACUUAAUGUGGAGACCAAGGAGUUUGUAACAUGGGAGGAGUCGGGUGGGUUUACUUCAGAGCCUGUGUUCGUCAAAGCGCCUGAUGGGAAGGCGGAGGAUGAUGGCGUCAUCUUGUCAUGCGUGAUCAACGUCCAAGAAAAGACUACCUCUCUGUUGGUACUGGAUGCCAAAGAAUUUAAGGAGCUUGGUCGAGCCGAGAUUAAGGGGGUUACCCCAGCAACAAUACAUGGCUUAUUUCAGUAG